AUGUACCUGACCACUGUGUUCGGAAAUCUGCUCAUCAUCCUGGCUGUCAGCUCAGACUCCCACCUCCACACGCCCAUGUACUUCUUCCUCUCCAACCUGUCCUUGGUAGACAUCUGUUUCACCUCCACCACCGUCCCAAAGAUGCUGUGGAAUAUCCAGACACAGAGCAAAGUCAUCACCUAUGAAGGCUGCAUCACCCAGAUGUAUUUUUUCAUACUCUUUGGAGGUUUGGACAUUUUCCUUCUAACAGUGAUGGCCUAUGACAGAUAUGUGGCCAUCUGCCACCCCCUGCACUAUAUGGUCAUCAUGAACUCCCGGCUCUGUGGACUGCUGGUUCUAAUGUCCUGGCUCUCGGUUGUCUCCUUGUUUUAUGGUACUAUCCUAGGGAUUUACCUCAGCUCUGCUUCUACCCAGAGCUCAUACUCAAACGGAACAGCCUCAGUGAUGUACACCGUGGUCACACCCAUGCUGAACCCCUUCAUCUACAGUCUCAGGAACAAAGACAUAAAACGGGCUCUGAAAAGACUUGUUGGGAUGGUAGCUGUAAAAGUACCAAUUGUUCUAGGGCUGAAAAAAUACACAUGA